ACCCACUUCUUCUGGAAAGUGUGAUCCAUCUAAACACCGGCCAGUCUCCUCAGGGCUUCUGGACUUGCAAUAUGUGGCCAAGGAUGGACUCUCUAUCACUGCCCAUUUAUUUCUUUGCCAUCGUGCUGACACCCUGCCAUGGCUUCAGUUUGGAUACCGAACAUCCCACCACUUUCCAGGAAACAGCAACGGGCUUUGGGCAGAGCGUAGUGCAGCUCAGAAGUGGAGCAAAUGCGGGGCUGUUUGUGGGUGCCCCGCUGCAAGAGGGGGAUGUGAACGAAAGAGGGAAACUCUACAAAUGCCAGCAUGUGCCAAACAAAUCAGGCGGAUGCCAGGAGGUCCCUUUGCAGAUACCCGACGAUGCAGUGAACAUGUCUCUCAGUUUGUCCCUCUCCGCCAGUGACUCCCAGUUGCUGGUGUGUGGUCCCACAGUGCAUCAGACGUGUGGGAAACACAUAUACCUCAAGGGCUACUGCUUUCUCUUGGACCAGAAUCUGAGGCUGACCAAACGCUUUCCUGAGCAUCUGCCAGAAUGCCCCAAACGGCUCACUGACAUAGUUCUUCUGAUAGACGGUUCAGGGAGCAUUGCAAGAAAUGAUUUCUCACAGAUGAAGACAUUUAUAUCUGAGGUCUUGAAGCGUUUUCAAAAUACCAAUACGCAGUUUGCCUUGUCCCAGUACUCUAACCUCUAUCAAGAACAGUUUGACUUCCUUACGUUCCAGAGAACCCCAAAUCCUGAUGUACUAAUUAGACAAAUCCGGCAAUUGGGUGGGCAGACUUACACAGCUACAUAUAUCCAGAAAGCAGUACGUGAGCUUUUUGUCCAAGCUAAAGGAUCCCGCAGUGAUGCCUCAAAGAUUCUCAUUGUGUUAACAGAUGGAGUGAAAUACGGAGACCCCCUGACAUACACCACUGUGAUACCAGAGGCUGCCGAAGCUGGCAUCAUCCGUUUCGCCAUUGGGGUGGGGAAAGCAUUCAGUAAAGACACCGCCUAUGAAGAGCUUGUCACUAUUGCCUCUGCACCGGCCUCAGACCAUGUCUUCCGGGUGGACAAUUUUGACGCCCUCCAUGACAUCCAGAACAAACUUCAAGAUAAAAUUUUUGCCAUUGAAGGUACAGGAGUCCAAAACAGCAGCUCUUUCCAGUUAGAGAUGUCCCAGGAUGGAUUUAGCACCUUGCUGAGCCCGGGAAGUUCCGUGUUGGGGGCAGUAGGAGCCUAUGAUUGGUCUGGAGGGAUUUUCCAAUAUGGAGAAUUUGGCAGUUCAAAUUUCAUCAAUGUAACCAGCUCAGCAAAGGAUAUGGAGGAUGCUUAUCUUGGUUAUUCAGUGCAGGCAGUUCGAACGGGCAACUCGAUUAGCUACGUGGUGGGGGCCCCUCGUUACCAGCAUGCCGGCAGGGUCAUUUUGUUCAGCGAUGAAAAUGGGGCGUGGAAGCCAAAAUCAGAGCUGUCUUCAAAGCUGCCCCCCCAGAUUGGCUCGUACUUUGGGGCUGCACUUUGCUCUGUGGACCUUGACAGAGACACCAACACGGACCUGGUUCUCAUUGGUGCUCCCAUGUACUAUGACAGCGUGGCAGGUGGGAAGGUCCACGUCUGCCACAGACAGGGGGACACGUUUCUCUGCAACAAGGAAUUGAAGGGGGAGGCCAAACACCCCCUGGGCCGCUUUGGAGCCAGCAUAGCGGAAAUAGGUGAAAUCACUGGGGACCGAUGGACAGAUGUGGCAGUUGGGGCUCCAAUGGAGGAGGAGAAUCGAGGAGCCGUGUACAUAUUCCGGGGGAGCAGCAGAUCCAUCAAGCUGGCCUACAGCCAGCGCAUCCCAGGCUCUCUGCUUUCCAGCGGGCUUCAUUACUUUGGCCAGGCCAUUGGGGCUGGUUCGGACCUUACAGGAGACGGACUCCCAGACGUAGCCGUGGGGGCUGAGGGGCAAGUGAUGCUGCUGAGGUCUCGCCCUGUGCUCCAAGUAGUGCGCAGGAUCACCUUUGCCCCAUCUGUGAUCCCCAUCUCUGCCUUUGAGUGCCAGGGCCAGGAUGUACUGAACAAGGAGAUCAGCACGGCUAACAUUUGCUUAAACAUCAAGGUGGACCCUCGGUUUACACAAGGUAACAGCAUUUUGAGCACCGUUCAGUACACCUUGGCUUUGGAUCCUGGACGAAUAAAGGCUCGGGCCACUUUUGUUGAAGGUUCAGACUCCUCCACCAUCACUGAAGAGGUGCAGCUGGGCUUGAGGGAAAAGUGCAAGAACUAUCGCAUAAAGUUGCCGACUUGCAUAGAAGACAGCCUCACGCCCAUAAAUCUCCGGUUGAAUUAUACCCUGAUAGGAGAUUUCAUUCCUGGUACUGACAACCUGAGAGCCGUCCUAAGUGAAGAUGAGUCCCGUCAGUCUACAGCAUUGCUGCCUUUUGAAAAGAAUUGUGGCAAAGAUGGAGUCUGUAAAGAUGAAUUAAAAACCUCCUUCAAUUUCUCAGGCCUGCCUGUACUGGUAGUGGGCCUGACCCCUGAGCUGAAUGCUACAGUCUUCAUCCGGAAUGAUGGAGAGGAUUCCUAUGGCACCACCCUGACUUUCGUAUACCCUUCAGCACUGUCGUACCGCAAAUUGAUGCUACUGCAGUCCAACAGGAAGUAUGUGGUCAUUAAAUGUGCCUCCAUCCCUGCCACAGAGGAGGACCCUGUGAGGAACACCACCUGUGACGUCAAUCACCCCAUUUUCCGGAGCAGUGCUGAGGUUAUCUUCAUUACCACCUUUUCCAUCUCCCAGGAAGCAGAUUUGGGGGAUAUGGUGCAGAUCAAUGCCACUGCUGGCAGUGAAAACAAUGGCCUCACCACACAGGACAUGAUUCACCAAGCAAAGCUGCCUGUCAAAUAUGCUAUCUAUGUUUUCGUCAAUGUGGGUGAUGAGUCAACCAAGAAUGUCAAUUUUUCUGCUGGCCAGGAAGACAAACCUGAGCUUGUGGAACAUCGAUAUAAGGUGAAGAACACGUAUCGGCGAAAAGUUCCCGUCUCUGUGAAAUUUCAGUUUCCUGUGCAGCUGAAUGGCACAUCGGUUUGGAAUGCAUCUCUGGGCAUGCUCCCUGAGCAUUUCAACCUGGUUUCUUGUGUCCCUGAAAAAGAGACUCCAGGGCCUGAGGAUUUUGUGGAGCAAUUAAAGAAGCGUUCUGUUCUGGACUGCUCUGUGGCUACUUGUAAAACAAUUCGUUGUGACAUUCCAUCCCUGGAGCUGCAGAAACCUCUGGACUUCUGGAUCAAGGGGAACAUCAGUUUCAAGUGGAUCUCCCAGACCCAGCAGAAGGCAGUGACCCUGGUGAGCACAGCACAGAUAUCCUACAAUGAUAACAAAUAUAUCCAAAAGGAGGGCUUUGUACAGAACCAGGCGAAGACCGUGGUGGAGUACAUGGAGGUCUAUAACUACCUGCCCAUCAUUAUCGGCAGCAGUGUGGGCGGGCUCAUCCUCUUUGCUCUGAUGGCUGCUGCGCUAUACAAGCUUGGCUUCUUCAAACGACAGUACAAAAAUCUGAUGGCUGAAGGAGAAGCUGGUGGCAUUGCGGGAGCUGAGCCUCCACAAGACAGCGACAUCGAUACUAGUCCUGCUGCUACCAAAGGAUAACCAGACCUAUGCGCCAUGUCUUCUCUAGGAUCUCUUCCGGCAUGUCCACAACACUGAAAUGGCCCACUGCACGAAACAAGAAGACUGCUUCUUCACGUUACGCUUUCCUUAUAUGGAAAGUUUUGAUUGUAGGAAAUGACCUGCUACUUCAACACCCAAGUUCACAUGUGUGUUCGCUGCACACAUGCCAAGAAGUUGCACCCAACUGAGACUUCCCAGUGUGUGUAUACACGUGGGAUUGUCACAGGUGAUAGCUUACAUACAACCAGCAGAUCAUUUCUUACACAGAAAUGCUUUCAUUGCAGGAAAAUAUGCCUACCAUCGCUUUGAUAAUGAGGAAUCAUGGAUUCUAAUCUCUGUAGCCUUGGGGGUGGGGUGGGGGUAGUGAAGAGCAAUCAUACGUUGAAAAAAUGUUAGUGUGAGAAAAAUACCUUUGCAUCAUAUUCAGCACCAAAGUUCAGCAUCAUUAUGUGUGUAUCAAAAUCAAGGGCAUAGACCGUGUCUAGUGCCAUCUUAGCUACUUGAAGGGGACUGUGGUCAAGGAGAGAGGCAUGAGUGUUUUGCACAAAGUAGUGGGUUUGACACCAGAAGAAAUGGUGAGGAGUCAAGUCUGGUGUUGAACUUACACUGUUGUCCUAUAUGUUUCUUAAAUGUAUAAAGGCCUGUUUAAAGGGCAGUUUUCUUGUUCCUUAGAGUAGGCCCCAGAUGUAUUGGGCAACUCUGCUGGGUAUCACGCAGGCAGGCACCAAUACACAUGAUAAUAAUAGCUAGACGUCUGAUGCUGAUAAGGGUGCAAUUCUCUUGUUAAGCAGCUGCCUAAUUUCCUCUCUUUGCUUUACUUUUCUAUCACAUUGAGAAAAUGAGGAUUCCCCCCCCACUCCAUGUUGGAAUCUAUUAGUCAUAGGGAAAGGUAAUUCAUUUAGCUGCCUCUGAUGUUACAAGCGUUGGAAAGGGGUAUAUGUAACUGAGCUGAGGCCUAACCAAUUUGGCUUUGCUUCAGAGGGAAUGUGCACAACCAACCUGGCAAACUUGGGAUUCGAGGAACAAUCUUCAUUUGCUGUUGAUGUGGGACUCCAGCAAGUGCCACCAGCACACUGGGAGGCGCCCGCUCCAUGGAACGAAGAGAUGUGUGAGCUUUCUUUGUACUUUUAUUCUGCAUCCGUUAAUAAACUGUCAAUAAACUGUCAUUCCUUUCACAA